AUGAUUGAGGAGGAGCCACCUAAUGAACAUUCUGAUGCUGGUCCAAGUGUAGUGCCAAAAUUUAGCAAGACUAUUGAGUCUUUCCAAGUUGUGAAGACCUUCCUUUCAAGUUUCAGCAUAAGAGAACAGACUAAUAAUUUUUGUAGGACAAAACGAAUAUACAUUAAAUUUCUAAUAAUUUAUGUAUUAAUUACAUUUCAGAAUGAAAUUCUGAUAACAAGACAGUUAAGGCAUGAGAAUAUUCUUCCAUAUUUAUGUAGUUUUGUUGUUGACAACGAAGUGUGGGCAGUGAUGCCAUUAAUGUCAUAUGGGUCUUCAAAAGAUAUUGUCAAUAGCCAUUUUCCUCUUGGUCUACCAGAAGUUGCAAUAGCUUUUAUUUUACGAGAUGUAUUAUUUGCAUUAGAUUAUAUUCACAAAAGAGGUUUUAUUCAUAGGAGUGUUAAAGCCAGUCAUAUUUUGAUAUCUGGAAAUGGAAGAGCUGUUUUAACAGGAUUAAGAUAUUCUUGUAAUGUGAUAAAUAAUGGAAGGUGGCAACCUUCCAUUCAUGUUUUUCCUCAUGAUUCUGUUGCUAAUUUGAAUUGGUUAAGUCCUGAAAUAUUAGAACAGAAUCUUCUUGGUUAUAACUCUAAAUCAGAUAUAUAUAGCUUAGGUAUUACUGCGUGCGAAUUGGCCAAUGGUGUUGUUCCAUUUUCCGACAUCCCGCCCACUCAGAUGCUUUUGGAAAAAUUGCAGGGAUAUUAUCCACGUCCAUUGGAUGCUUCUUGUUUUAACGACGGCGAUUCUGUUUAUAAGUUUCAGACAAAAUAUGAUGGAGAAAGCAGCUAUCGCAACCGCCAAUUCUCAGAGGCCUUCCAUGCUUUUACAGAAACUUGUUUACAACGCGAUCCUUCCCUUAGGCCACAUGCCUUUCAGUUAUUACAACAUGGAUGCAUAAAGCAAUGCAAAAAAUCCACAGUAACUCUUAUUGAUAUGCUGGCAAUAGUUACGCCGUUUACAGAAAUCCCCGAGAUAUCUAAAGAUAACAAAGAAGCAAUGGUUGUUACAACAUUGAUGAGUGACUUAGAACUAAAGGACAGUUGGAAUUUCUAGUCUUAAAUUUUCCUUGUGCGGGAGGUAUAUCAGGAGAAUAUAAUACAGAAAUGUGUUAUUUUGUUAUAUGGCACGUGUAAUUUCACAGAAUGGGGAUUACACAUGAGCGAAACUUUUCACUGUGAUUUUAAAUAUAAAAAGAAAAAA